AUGCGGUCAAUACUACGAACACUACAAAAACCUUUCUCCCGUGGUUUGGCGACUGUCGCAGAAGCCACUGAACCCGCUGCAUCAAGUUCGAUUUCUGCCGAAGCUGGAUCAUCUAAUACCGUUGGGAAAUGGACACCUCAUACCUUGCGAACGGGUCUGAUAGCUCGAAAGAGAGGAAUGACGGCAUUGUGGGAUCAAGAUGGCAAAAGAUGGCCUGUGACUGUUUUGCAAGUCGAUGCAAAUCAAGUAGUACGACAUUCACCUCCACCUUCCACAUCACCUUUUCACACCUUGCAAAUUGGAGCAUCUACACGACCUGCCAAGACUACUACAGCUCAACAAUUGGGUCAUUUUAGAAAAGCAGGUGUUGAACCAAAAUACAAAUUGAAAGAAUAUCAAGUUACGAACGAUGCUGUAUUGAACGUUGGAACUGAAUUGAACGCAGGACAUUUCGUUCCAGGUCAAUACGUCGAUGUAUCUGGUAUAACAAUCGGUAAAGGUUUUCAAGGUGUAAUGAAGAGAUAUGGUUUUAGAGGUUUAAAAGCUUCUCAUGGUGUUUCAGUCAAACAUAGAUCAGGUGGUUCGAUCGGUCAAAAUCAGGACCCAGGAAGAGUCAUACCAUUGAAGAAGAUGCCAGGACAUAUGGGAACCGUUCAACGAACCACACAAAAUCUACUAGUUCACAAAAUCGAUACUGUCUUGAAUCUGGUUUACGUACGAGGUUCUGUACCUGGAGUAGAUGAUGCUUUCAUCAGUAUUAUAGAUUCUAAAAAAGCUUCAAAGAGUAAAGCUCAAUUGGCUUUACAAAAAGGUAAAGAAGAAGAUCAAUGGUUGGAUAAAGGUGUAAUGUCACUUCCUACGCCUGCAGGAACAAGUCAAAGGGUUAAAGAUGAAUCGUGGCCUGAAGUAGUUGAAUGGAAAGGUGACGGAUGGGCUGAAAAGUAG